CUGCGAUAUUCCGAUACGAGCAACUUGCCACCAGCGCGCCGUGCUUGCUGGUGGUCGUUUUGCUAAUGACGCAGCGUGGCGUCAACCUCGGCGGCUGGCUCGUCCUCGAGCGCUGGAUCACGCCCGACUCGCCGAUUUACACCGAGUCGGGACUUACCGGCGACGUUGUCGAGCAUGGCCAGUUCCAGAUCAUGAAGGCGCUCGGCCACGCCCGCGGCGACCCGCUCAUGGAGCGCCACUGGGCGACCUUCUACACCGAAGCCGACUUUCGCGACAUCAAGGCUGCCGGUCUCGACAUGGUGCGCAUCCCGGUCGGCUACUGGCUCUUGAACGACGCGCCGGCGACCAAGGCUCGGCGCUCGGUGGCCGGCAACACCACCGACGACGCGUCCGUGCUCGCGCCGGGCUCGCUUGCGUAUCUGGACAAGGCGUUCCGCUGGGCACGCAAGUACCAACUCAAGGUACUCGUCGGCGUCCAUGCUGCGAUGGGGUCCCAGAACGGCGAGCAGCACAGCGCGGCGUCGACGAUCCGCAAGAUCCAGUGGUUUGGCAAGGCGGGCAACAUUGACAACACGCUCGACCUCGUCGAGUUUCUCGUGGACCGGUACCAGUACCACGCGGCGUUCCUCGGCAUCGGGCUUCUCAACGAGCCGCAGCACGGCAACGACCCGACCAGGUUUGCGCAGCUCAAGCAGUACUACAAGGACGCACACCGCAUCAUCCGCCGCGAGCUCGGCUCGGACUGCAUCAUUACGUUCUCGACUGCGUUCAACGAGAAGCCCGAGUUUGACGCCGAGUGGCGCGUCUUCCUCAAGCACGACCCGAACGUGUGGGCCGAGGUGCACAAGUACUACAUCUGGGGCUUUGAGGGUCAGAAUUUCGACCAGAUCAAGGCGUACGUCAAGGACCACGAGGCCAAGUGGAUCAAGGAGUGGACGGGCGCGCCGCUCUUCUUUGGCGAGUGGUCGAUCGCCAACCACGAAGACACGUUUGUGCUCAAUGACGCGCAAAAGACGCAGUACGCCAACCUCGUCACGAAUGUCUUCAGACCCGCGCACUGGACGUACUGGACGUGGAAGUUCUGGGCCGACCCCAACUCGUACGUCGCUUGGAACAUGAAGACGCUCUUUCAGCGCAAGAUCAUGACCAGCGCCAUGCUCGGCAACUAACAUUUGUGAUUUUCGUCAGAGCAUACGUAUUUGUCGCGUUGAUUGAUUCCUACUUGUUGAGUGUGUCGAUUGAGAUCAUCAAGUGCCAGCAUUGGAAAGAAGAACCCUCGACAAAGAGACAAUAAACGUUAAACUUGUUAUGUCUUCUUCGACA